UUAUACCUUGGUACUUUCGCAUCUUUUGCAGCCAUAAUUGAGUUCCCGCGAGAAUGAAUCAAACUGGAGCCUCGAUCCCACAUGCACAUUGGCCUCGAUUUCCCACUGGCGACAAAUUUUAAAAAAUGUCGAACCUUUUCAUUUUGUGCCUGUUAUAUAUGUACCAAAUACUUGUCUGUGGAGACGAAAAUUUAAAAAAUGACACAAAAUAUUCGUGGGAUGAAAAUGGUUACGUGUUUUUCUGCCUCUGCAUGGGAAGAUUUGGGAACCAAGCAGAGCAUUUUCUCGGUGGCGCAGCUUUUGCUAAGGCUUUGAACAGAACCCUUAUUGUGCCUCCAUGGAUGACUUAUAAAAGUGUGACCUUUACAGAUUGGUUUCAGUUGGAGCCCUUGCAAGAAUACCAUAAAGUAAUUCUUGCUGAAGAUUUUAUGAAAUAUCUAGCACCAAGAUAUUGGCCUAAGGGAAAGAGAAUUGGCUAUUGUUGGUUACCUUAUGGAAGUAAACAAAGAUGUGUUAUGAAGGAAGGAUUUCCAUUUAAAGCUUUCUGGGAUAAUCUUGGUGUAGAUUUUGAUGAUUACCUUAUAUACCACACUGCUUACAACAUGGAAGACCCAUAUGUACUUUCAGAAUGGAUGAGCCAAUUUCCAUCGGAAAAACACCCAGUUCUAGCAUUUCGAGGUGCACCAGCCACUUUCCCUAUUCGACCUGAGCAUAAGUCCUUACAGAGUCUUUUGAAAUGGUCUAGCAAAAUUGAAAGCAUUGCUCAAAAUUAUGUUGAAGAGAACCUCAGACCUGGAAAGUUUGUUGGUAUCCACUUGCGGAAUGAAGGAUCCUGGAUUCAAGGUUGUGAUUAUGCUGAUGGCUCAGCAGCAUUUAUGGCGUCUCCUCAGUGUUUAGGUUAUUCACGAUAUCAGAAGGUCACGCGUGAUUUGUGCGCUCCACCGCGAGACAAAGUCGUGAGUACUGCAAAGGAAAUCGUGGAGAGAAUCCAAGCUAAGUUUCUCUUCAUUGCAACUGACAAUGAUCCAAUGUUAGACGAAUUCAGACAGGUCUUUGAAUCUUUAAAUGUAACAGUUCGACAUUUGAACCCAGAAAGGCCACAAGUUGAUUUAGCAAUUCUUGGAAAAGCUGAUCAUUUCAUUGGAAACUGCGUUUCUUCGUUUACAGCCUUUGUUAAGCGAGAACGAGACUUGAAUGGGAAACUUAGCUCCUUUUGGGCCUUUGAAAAACGGUGACUUAUCGAUUCACGUGACUAGCUUUGAUAUGUGGGGCUGGAGGUUGAAAUGGAUUUUUGAGAUGCUGCGAAGAAAUAGUCCAGGUUUAUUUCGAUUCAACUCAAAUAAGCCUUCUAAACACGAUCAUGGAAAGAGCAUCAUUUCAAAAUAUUGUUUAAUAUUACUGGUUUUUGUAAAUUUAUCACAAAAACUUUUUCCUGUUUGCAGCAAGUAAACUGUAUGAAUAUUUAAUAGACAGAAGGCAUUUUCCAACUUUUAUCUGUCAAUAUGAUUUACUUACAUUGUUCAGAAAUUAGUUUCAAACAUCAUCUGCAACUACAAAUGUGCCAUUAAUUAUCUCUUCUGAAUUAAACUGUUCCAAUUUUUCAA